AUGGGAUUUGCUGAGAAAUUCAUUGGACACAUUUGGGAGUUGGUUGCCAACAAUUGCUACGAAGUUCUUUCAAGGGCUUUGAAUUCAUUGCAUCAUGAUCUUUGGUUUUGUGGAUUUGGUUUGCCAAAGUGGAGUCCAAGGAUAAAUCACUUAUGCUAUGCAGAUAACACUAUUAUAUUUGCAUCAGCUUGUGAUAUGUCCUUGAGAAUGAUUAUGAAGGUACUGGUUGAUUAUGAGACUGCAUCAGGACAACUGAUUAAUAGAGAUAAAAGUGAUGUGUACUUGCAUGACGGGGUUGAUGAAUCAUGGUUUGUGAGGGUGGAAUGGAUAACUAGUAUUAAUAGGCAAGCUUUUCCUAUUAUAUAUCUUGGUUGUCCUAUAUAUUAUAGCAAGGCUAAGAUGUCAUUCUAUUCAGAACUUCUUAAAAGAAUAAGGGACAAGCUGCAAGGAUGGAAAGGGAGAAUGCUCUCUUUUGGUGGUAAAGCAGUCCUGUUGAAACAUGUAUUGCAGGCUAUGCCCAUGCACUUACUGUCUGCCAUAUAUACUCCAUCUUUUGUGGUUGAAAAACUACAUAAGAUGUUUGCUCAAUUCUUUUGGAGCAAUUUUGAGGAGGAAAGGAGAAGGCAUUGGACUAAAUGGCAUACAGUUUGUCUACCUCAAGAUGAAGGUGGCCUUGCUUUUAGAUCCUUGUAUGACAUGUCAUUGGCAUUAUUUGCCAAGAUAUAG